AAUCGAGUCGUCUCAAUUUCACAUUUCAGCUUCUUGUUGUAUUCAAUCACCAUCAACCCUCUCUCUCUCUCUCUAGAGAAUAUCUUUUUGAAGGGAAAUAAGCAAAUAUGGCCAAGAAUAUGUUCUUGCUGAUUCUGGGUUUCUAUUGGGCGAUCAUGGGACUUCAGUCUUGGGCAACCACUGAUGUAUCAGAGGUUCAAGCUCUUCAAAAUUUGUACAGGUCACUUAACAAGCCGAUGCAGCUGGAGCAUUGGAAAGAAGAGAGUGGAGACCCUUGUGCAGAACCCUGGACUGGAGUUCAAUGCAUCGGAUCAUCAAUUAUCGACCUUAAACUUCAUGGGCUGGGGCUGACAGGAAGCAUUGGAUUUGAGCUCUCAAAUCUCAAGAGUCUGAAGAAAUUGGACCUUAGUUCAAAUGACAUUGAGGGAUCAAUCCCCUACAGUUUACCUCCCAACCUCACGCACCUAAACUUCGCUGAGAACAAAUUUAGUCAGAGCUUUCCAUACUCGAUAGAGAAGAUGAAACACCUCCAACAUCUGAAUCUGAGCCACAAUUCAUUAUCUGGAUCUUUGGGAAACGUGUUUGCUGGCCUUGAGAGUCUUGAACAAAUGGAUUUGUCGUUCAAUAGCUUCACUGGAGAUCUACCUAUCUCGGUCAAAUCUAUGUCAAAUCUUAAAAGCUUGUUUUUGCAGAGCAAUCAAUUUACUGGAUCAGUAAUUUUCUUGGCUAGUCUCACUCUCAUUGAUCUGAAUAUUGAAGAUAACCAUUUCAGUGGUGUUAUUCCAGAACACUUCCAAAAUAUAACCAACUUGUGGUUUGGGGGCAAUGAGUUUGUAAGAGAAGCAAACUAUCCUCCUUGGAACUUUCCUACAGAGUCAAUGCCGAAAGAGCAGAACAGUUCAGCAGCAGUAAAUUUUAGUGCCUUUGAGAACAAUACUCCUCAAAUGGAAGGAGGUCACAAAAGCAAGAAACUAGGCGCGGGUGUGAUAGUUCUAAUAAUUGGUGGGAUCAUUCUGGUAGGAGGAAGUGCAGCUCUUACGAUUGUUCACAGGCAACGGUCCUUUGUUAGAAAAUGUAGAAGCACGGUAGGCCGUGAAGACUCAAUGAAAUCUCUUCCUACUAAUACACUCCAAGAUUAUACAUCGGUGAGUGGAACAGGCAGCCCCCAUACAUCAGGGUUCAGCUCUUCACCGAUGAUUACCCCUUCUCGUUUGCCUGCUGUUCGGACUAGAACACUGAAACUGCCUAGGAGAAAAAGUUUCACCAAGAGCAAAAUGGCAGCUGUUCCAAGAGUAUACACCAUUGCAGAGCUUCAAAUAGCAACAAACAGCUUUGGUGAAGAACACUUUAUUGGUGAAGGAUCCCUUGGUUCCGUUUAUAAAGCACAUUUUCCAGAUGGCACGGUUGUGGCUGUGAAGAACAUUAAGACAGUACCUCUAUCCAUCAUCGAAGAACAACAGUUCUUCGAUGUGAUCAAGAACAUAUCGCGUUUGAAGCACCCGAACAUAGUGCCUCUUCUUGGUUAUUCCAUGGAGCAUGGCCAGCAUCUCCUUGUGUAUGAGUUUAUCAGGAACUUGACUCUUGAUGAUGCUCUGCAUUGCGUCGCGUACAAGCCGCUGAACUGGGGCGCUCGCCUUCAGAUUGCUCUUGGCGUUGCACGAGCACUGGAUUACAUGCAUUCAUCAUUCGUGCCGCCUAUUCCCCAUAGCAACUUGAAGGCUGCUAAUAUCUUGCUUGAUGAAGAGUUUAAGCCUCAUGUCUGUGAUUGUAGCCUGGCUAUACUGAGGCCCCUCUCUAGGAACACGGUUAAGCUCAAGGCUUCUGAAAUGGCAAUAGCUGAUAGUGGCUACAUUGCACCAGAUAAUCUACAACCUAGCUCUGGUAACUCAAAGGCUGAUGUUUAUGCCUUUGGGGUGCUGCUGUUAGAAAUUUUGACAGGAAGAAAGCCCUUUGACAAUACACGAGCACCGGGAGAGCAGUCUCUGGCAACAUGGGCUGCAUCGAGGCUUCACGAUGGCGCGUCGUUAGCACAGAUGGUCGAUCCAGCCGUUAAGAAUACAAUUCCCUCCAAGUCUCUCUCUCGUUUUGCUGAUGUAGUAUCUAUGUGUAUUCAGCCUGAGCAGGAAUUCAGGCCCCAAAUAGGUGAAAUUGUGGAUUCACUAAGCCGUCUACUGAAUCCAACAGCAGCAGAUGUUGCAGAGGCAGACUUCGAACGAUCUUUCAGAUCAACCAGCUCUAAAUUUUUUGGCUCAUCACCCACACAAAGCUACUACUCUGUGUAAUGUUGCUUUCAAGGCUUUUUGAGAGCAAUGAUUUGUUCUGAAACAAUUUAUAACAUCAUUUUUGGUUUUGGCGGUCACUCUGAUAUCAUGAACAUAAAACUGUUGUUAGCAACUAUCGUUACAAGUCUACAGACAACUAGUUUACGGAA